AUGAAAAACAUAGUACUUGCCACGAUUGUACUUUUCGCUGUUUAUCAGUCAGUAGAUGGUAUUGUCUGUAACCACAUCUAUUGUAGCAUUUUUAAAUGCGAAGAAAGUGUCGUUUGCAAUGAGUUCGAAAUACUGGUUGAAAAAGCAAGUUUUUGCGGAUGUUGCGAUGCGUGCUACGAAAAACUAUAUCAAGGUCAGAGUUGUAAACGCGGUAUACUUACCGUGGUAUUUCCAUCAACUCAAAAAUGUGUGAAUGGUUUAGAAUGUAGCUCUGAAGGAAAAUGCGACAAACCUGAACUAGGCCAAGCAUUAUUAUUAUAA